UUAGAAAAGCGCUUCCAUAGAAACACCCCUGAAACGGGUCAUGGAUAUAUCCGGCCCGGCCCGGCCCGACCCUCUCAAACCUUGUGUCUUCUUCCUCUCAAAUCAAAUCUUUUCGCUCCUGUAUUCUCUGGCAAGCAAAAAGUUGCAGUUGAGUACAAAUUGUUCCCCAAAUUCUUCGGUAAAGAAUAAAGAUUGAACCUUUGCAUUGCAGAUGAGACUCCUCAGUCACCUGAAACAAUGGCGAGCCGUCGCAACCGAAGCCAAGCAUGUCUCCUUCGCCGUCGCAAAGUUCAUCGGUCUCAUCCACCUCACCGAGUCCUACCUCUGCUCCUCUACCCUCUUGCACGGUCCGAGUAUGCUCCCUACAUUCAAUUCCAGCGGCGAUGUGGUGCUCGCCGAGCACCUAUCCCAUCGAUUAGGGAAGGUGGUCCCCGGUGACGUCGUCAUAGUUCGGUCUCCCGACGACCCGAAAAAGAUGGUGGCCAAGCGGGUCCUCGGUUUGGAGGGUGAUAAGGUCACUUUUUUCGACCCCCAUCGGAUUCGCAAGCACAAUACGACUGUGGUUCCGAAGGGGCAUGUUUGGAUUCAGGGAGAUAACACUUAUUCGUCCUUUGAUUCACGGUCAUAUGGACCUGUGCCAUAUGGUCUUAUUCAAGGCAGAGUGUUUUUCAGGGUAUGGCCACCUGAUGGCUUUGGAUUAGUGGAUGAUUAAGCAUAAAGAAGAUUAUAUUGUUAAAGGUUCUGUACUGUUCAAAUUGAAAGACUGCUACUUCGUUAUCUUUGUUGCUUAUGAAACUGCAGAAGAUCACUCGGGUUUGAAUUCAUGUACAUUGUCAUUCUUUAUCAUGAUGAACAAAAGCCAUUGCCAAUACAAAAUGGUCCAGCUGGUACAGUAAAGUCUCCUAUCUCACCUCCUCAUUAACCUCUAUAACUCUGAAUACCUGGCGACUACAACCCAAGAACCUCAUGUAGAAUCAUUGUCACCUGCAACAAAGAAAAUUUGAAUAUGUACAUUUUUGAGUUCUAUUCUUUGUCUGUCCCUAAUGUUUUGCAUAGCGUCUAUAGUGCGCAUUCUUUGCCUGCGGACAGGAUACUUGAUUAGAUUGACCCAAGUACGAGAAAGUGCUUGAAGUUUUGAACUAUUUGAUUGAUAAACAUAAAUUAGUGAGAACUUUCAAUUUUCAA